UGUCAACAGUGGCAUCGGUGACAUCGGCAUCAACGAUGUCAUCAACUAUGAUGUCGGCGGAGGCAUCGACAUCGACAUCGGCAUUGGCACCGGCAUCGGCAUUGACACCGGCGCUAGCACUGGCACCAGUAUCAGCACCAGCACUGACAUCGGCACCGGCGUCGACAUUAAUGGAAAUACCGGCACCAGAGAAGGCACCGGUACCAGCGUCAACGGAGGCGUCAACGCUAAUAGCAUUAAGUAGAGAAGAUUUAAAAGGUCUUAUUGAUGCAGCUGUACAAUCUGCCAUGAGAGGAGGACGAGGAGGAAAAGGACGCGGGAUACGAGGAAGCAGAGGAAGAAGAAGGGGAAGAGGAAGAGGACGAGGACAUGGAUAUCAAAGAACAGGGAUUAAUAUUAAUAAUUAUUAUACUGCUCCUAAAACAUAAAACUAUAUAUA